UUUAUAAGGCGUGCAGUCAGACGUGCCUUCAAGACUGCUGUCCCACGGACCGUAAGGUGUGUGGCCUUCCAUCGAAAGGAAAGAUGAGAAAGGUGCUGCUGUGGAUGGGCUUGGCCAUUUUGCUGCAGUUGCAGCUGGGCUCUGCCUAUAGACUUGUGUGUUACUUCACUAACUGGGCUCAGUACAGACCAGAUCCUGCCAAGUACUUCCCAAACAAUAUAGACCCCUACCUAUGCACCCACUUGAUCUAUGCUUUUGCAAAGAUGGAAGAAAAUAAGAUCGCCCCAUUUGAAUGGAAUGAUGAAAGCAGACUCUUCCCAGAAUUUCAAGCGCUGAAGAAAAGGAACAACAGGCUGGUGACCCUGCUGGCCAUUGGAGGGUGGAACUUUGACAUGAAGAUGUUCACUCAAAUGGUUGCCUCACAAGCGAAUCGUAAGACCUUCGUUGACUCUGUGGUUGCAUACCUCCGCAAAUUUGAGUUUGAUGGGAUUGACCUGGAUUUCGAAUACCCAGGUUCCCGAGGCAGCCCCCCUGAAGACAAGCAUCGCUUCACCAUCUUGAUUCGGGAAAUGCUGGAAGCCUUCAAGGCGGAAGCCACAAGCACUGGAAAGCCACGACUGUUGAUUACAGCAGCAGUAGCUGCCGGCAAAGGAACCAUUGAUGCUGGCUAUGAGAUAGCUGAGAUAGGGAAGCUCCUGGAUUUCAUCAGCGUGAUGACCUAUGACUUCCAUGGAGGCUGGGAUCCGGUCACAGGACACAACAGCCCCCUGUAUCAAGGCUCCACUGACCAGGGUGAUAUGAAGUAUUUCAACAGUAAAUAUGCCAUGGAGUACUGGAACAACAAGGGUGUCCCAGCUGAGAAGCUCCUUAUGGGGCUCCCCACCUACGGGCGCACCUUCAAGCUCAGCAGCAGUGUCACAUCUGUGGGAGCGCCUGCAUCUGGGGCUGGCUCUGCUGGGCCUUACACCCGUGAGGCUGGCUUUUGGGCCUACUACGAGAUUUGCACGUUCCUACGGAGUGCUUCAGUAUGCUGGAUUAAUGACCAGAAAGUCCCAUACGCCUACAAAGGGAACGAAUGGGCUGGGUUUGACAAUGUUUGCAGCUACAGACACAAAGUCAAGUACCUGAAGGAGAAGAAGUUUGGAGGAGCCAUGGUCUGGACAAUUGACCUGGAUGACUUCCUGGGCACUUUCUGCAAUGAAGGAAAAUAUCCUCUGAUAACUGAGCUGAAGAGACUGCUUGAAACAAAUGAACCAGUUGUUGCUGAUUGUCCUAAAGACGCAUCCUGCAACACGGGUGGAGGGACGACAACUCCUACACCUUCACCUCCUGCUGGUCCCACGCCUAACAGCGAGUUUUGUUCUGGGAAAGCAGACGGAACCUAUGCUGACCCGGCAGACCGUACGAAAUUCUACAUGUGUGCUGGGGGCAGAACAUACAGCUUCUCCUGUCAAGCAGGCCUGGUCUUUGAUGAGAGCUGCACGUGCUGCAACUAUCCCAAAUAUUAACGCCAUCUCUGGCUCAGAACAAACAAUAGUCUUUAAAAUCAUGUAACCCUCAAAACCCACUUUGGAAUCUCCCUUUCCUCAUAAAUAAAGCCAGCAAGCAGAGAUUGAGCAUAAUA